AGUUCCAAGAUGGCGGCGAAACUCGUGCGGAACUAGCGCGAGUUUCUUCAAAGAAACACUUUGACAGCUCUGAGUGCGGCACUCAGUGUGGCACUAGCCAUCAAACGAACGUACCAUUAGAAAGGUAAGGUAAGGCGGGUUUCACAGCCGUCAAAAUAGUUAAGCCUAAGAAAGCGUUAUUUUAAUACGUAACGCAACAAAUCGGAUGUCUACACUGAAGAUUAAAAUUACGACCAAAAUGUGUCGAUGGUACACAUUGGAUGGUUUAACCGCGUUGUUUUGAAGUCGAUGUGUCGAUUCUACACAUCGCGCUGGUUUUUGCUCGAAAAGCCAGCCAAUGUGUAAACUGCUCUGUUGCCUGCUUCACCAUAGUUGCCGUUGGGUGUCGCCACCAUGUCUCCGACUUAGACGUCAGAACGAAAAAACACGUGACAACUAAAAGCAGCAAAUUCUCCACUUAUUUCAUUAUUUACCACAGUUCUCACAGUUCCAGCAAGUUCCGGACAAGCUGACAACCAACUGGGCUUUCGCCAGCACCCGUCGACCAUCGUGACAAUCAUCCGGAACUUGGUGCAGCGACUGUUUACAAACCUGCACAGCUGCGCUACAAAGUGGUCACCCUCUCCUGCAGAAAGGCCAGUUCCUGAGCAACUCGUCUCGAGUCCAAACAACCGGCGGCCAUCUCAGACAUGUCCCAACGCAGACGAACCACCCACACACUGGGACGAUUAACAAGUGCCAAGGAACUCGCAGAAGCCCUGACCGCAACCCGACAGCGCAGCUCCUCGCUCCAGGAGUCGCUCGAUCGCGAGCAGGAAAAGUGCGAAGAAUUGACCUGUCAGCUCACCAACCUCAACGCAAAACUCGGCGCGGUAGUGCAGGAAGUCACCCGGCUGACGGACAAGCAGGAAAAGCUGCUGACCGCCCACGAAGCGAUUAAGUCGAAGCGGGAAAGCCUGACCGAGCAGAUUGAGGAGCUGACCGAGUCGAUGGCGGUGCUGGAGGAAAAGUACCGGCUGGAGGCGGAGUUCGAGCGGGAUGACGGGGAGCACUCGGAUCGCUUGCAAAUGUAAAGCGCUGCCGAAAAAUUUUACGUUGGAUGGCAGGUGGAUAUUUCGACGGGUUUGUUACUGUCCUUGAAGGCAGUACAGAACCGUUUCGUGCCGUCUGGGAAGCCGAAUGAAGGACAUCGGCACAGAAAACGAAAAGAACACUUCUCCGGUCAAAAGUGCUUCAGUGAUCUCCAAAUCCCGGUGGCGGCUUACUGUCCAUCCGACGCCAGACGAAAUGGUGCAGCAUUCCAAAACAUGGCCCGGCAGAUUGAGCAGCAGACCUGGUUCGAAGUGGAACUCCGGCAGUGCUAACACCUACAGAAGUGCCGAGCGCGAGACGAUCCUGAAAUUGGUCAACCGGUAACCAAGACGGAAAAGUCGAUGCUUGCAGCUCGGACCACAUCUUUGUGCCUUGAGGGAGCUGUCCACCCGCGGUUACCGGAACCAUCCGUUCCGACGCACCACAACAAGGAGUCGCUGCUGGCUUUCCGCCAAAAUGUCCGGCCACAAUCCACCCUACGGG